AAGUAAAAUAAGUAGACCAUGCUAGUGAUGAAUGGUUGGCGCCCUGUUUUGGGUAUCUUGGCAUAGUUUCCUCCCGUCGCCUAGCAUCCAGGGACCAACAGGCUUCGUAUGUACAUACACAGUAGUGUUUGUCUGUACGGAGUAUCUCCUCCGUAUGCGCCUACGUUGUAUGUAACCCAGUGAUGCUAUAAAAACAUACGCAAGGCAAUCCAGCAAACAAUCUUCGGAGAAUAAAUGACCUGCACAAUGGCCGUCGACAAACAAAGAAAGGGGCUCGCAUAUUUGCUUCUGUGAACCCCGUCACUCAGCUUUAAUGAGGAGAAGGGCCCGGGCCAACGCCAGGGGUACCUCCAUACACAGGACUCCGUACUCCGUAGAUACUUCGUACAACACAGCAACUAUCUACAGUUGGCAUUGCAAAGAAUGUGUCACAGUACGAAGCCUGCACAUACAUAAGGCUGUCACGGUGGAUUUUGUCGUGCCACAGAAUUUGCCGAUCAGCUUCAGCCUGCAUAGUUGCACGGGCGGAAAACCGUUGUUCGACCUGCGAGAGCCUGAGAGAGGGCCAAAAGUGUCUGCAGGGCGUCGGGCGUAUCUGCUAUAUAUCCUGGCCCGGCUGCUUCUUUUCUUCUUUUUCUCCUCUUGGUUUUUUGGUUUUCCUGUUCCUACUUCCCCCGCCCAAUGUCCUAGAGCUUGUGUUGCCGCCUUUGUCCUUCCUUUUUCUAUUCUUGUUCUUUGUUUCGGUUGUUUUGCAUACCGUGUCCCUCGUUUGAUAGAGCUCCUCUGUGGCGUCCACUCGCUUUGGUUGAUCCGCUUCGCCUUAGUCCCUUUUAAUUGCCUCGGUCCUGCUUUGUAGAUAGGGUCCGAUUACACACUCCUUCACACCACUUCACCCACCUUCACAUCAUCCCAACUCAACAAUCAUCAUGGACUGUUUUCGGCAGAUUGCUCGACUGGUCAAGUCCCCCUUUCGGCGCGAGAAGCAGC